CGCGGCGGCGCGUCAGGAGCAGUGCGCAUGCGCAGAGCGCGGCGUGACACUCGUGGAGUGGAAGUGUGUGAUCGGUGAUCCCGGCGGCUUCAUCAGUGUGUGGGAGAGUGUCUGUCGGCGGGUCAUGUCGUGGCUAUUCGGGCUCAAUAAAGGUCAGAGCGGCGCUCCGCCGGACGCUCCGGUUCCGCCCACUCCUCCUCCUCCUCCCGCCGGCGGCUCCGGUUCCGGUUCGGGCGACAGACCCAAGGACAAAUGGAGCAACUUCGACCCGACGGGGCUGGAACGCGCGGCGCAGGCGGCCAAAGAGCUGGACCGAUCACAUCACGCCAAAGAUGCGCUGGAUCUGGCGCGCAUGCAGGAGCAGACCGUUCAGCUGGAGCACCAGACCAGAAUCAAGGAGUACGAGGCAGCGGUGGAGCAGCUGAAGGGCGAUCAGAUCCGCAUCCAGGCAGAUGAGCGCAGGAAGACUCUGAACGAGGAGACCAAACAGCACCAGUCGAGGGCGCAGUAUCAGGACAAGCUGGCACGGCAGCGGUAUGAGGAGCAGCUCCGGCAGCAGCAACUGUUGAACGAGGAGAACCUGCACAAACAGGAAGAGUCUGUGCAGAAGCAGGAAGCCAUGAGGAGAGCGACCGUCGAGCACGAGAUGGAGCUGCGGCACAAGAACGAGAUGCUGCGCGUGGAGGCGGAGUCUAAAGCUCGCGCACGCGUGGAGAGAGAAAAUGCUGACAUCAUCCGCGAGCAGAUCAGACUGAAGGCGGCCGAGCACCGACAGACCGUCCUCGAGUCCAUACGGACGGCGGGUGCCGUGUUCGGUGAAGGUUUCCGUGUGUUUAUAUCGGACUGGGAUAAAGUGACAGCGACGGUGGCGGGACUCUCUCUGCUGGCGGUGGGUGUUUAUUCCGCACGUAACGCAACUGCUGUGGCCGGACGAUACAUCGAGGCGCGGCUAGGAAAACCUUCGCUAGUGCGAGAAACCUCACGAUUCACUGUGGUGGAAGCCCUCAAACACCCCAUCAAGAUGGCGAAGCGCUUGAAGAGCAAGCCGCAGGACGCGCUGGAGGGAGUCGUGCUCUGUCCGACGCUGGAGGAGCGUGUGCGCGACAUCGCCAUAGCGACGAGGAACACGCGACAGAAUCGCGGGCUGUACCGGAACAUCCUGAUGUACGGGCCGCCGGGGACGGGGAAGACGCUCUUCGCUAAGAAGCUGGCGAUGCAUUCUGGGAUGGAUUACGCCAUCAUGACGGGAGGAGACGUGGCGCCGAUGGGCCGAGACGGAGUGACAGCGAUGCACAAGGUGUUCGACUGGGCCGGAACCAGCGGCCGCGGGUCAGAGACACCACACCAGGACAAUAUACCACAUUAUUACCUCUACAAUUACAGUACCUUCAGUUAUAUAUAUAUAUAUAUAUUAUCAAAUGGCCAGAGUUUUGAGAACGCAGCGGACGCCCAGUUGCUUUUUGGGGGAUCCCAACCUGGUAAAGUACAGGUUUUCCUGGAAGCUGUGGUGUAG